AUGGAAGAGCUUGCUACCUCCUAUGCCGCAUUGAUCCUCUCUGACGACAAUGUUGAGAUCACCUCCGACAAGCUGCAGACCAUCUUGAAGGCUGCAAACGUCCAGGUUGACUCUAUCUGGACCUCACUAUUUGCCAAGGCUCUCGAGGGUAAGGACGUCGCUGCCAUGCUGUCCAAUGUUGGUGCUGCUGGUGCCGCCCCUGCUGCUGGUGGUGCCGCCCCUGCCGGUGGCGCUGCUGCUGCUGAGGAGAAGAAGGAGGAAAAGAAAGAGGAGCCCAAGGAAGAGUCUGAUGACGAUAUGGGAUUCGGUCUUUUCGACUAAAUAAUGUCAUUUCACCAUCACUCUCAAUAAAACUACAAGGCAUAGCCUAUCUCUUACC